AUGAAGGGUAUGGCCGCAUUGGAGCAACAUCAACAGCAGGUUGGGCGAGGGUACCACCACCAUAAGGACCGUCAAGCGCUAGUUUGCUCACUUUGCAAGCGGAGACCGCCUCGACCUACAUUAAGACCUAACACUUCCUUCGUUCCUAACGUCCGAGAUGCACUCGCUGCUGGUUUUGGUCGCUCUUUCCGCGCUGUUGGUGGCUAUGAGUGCCCAACAGAUAGACCACCAGAAUAG